CAAAAAGAACGACUCCAUACGGCGAUGAGCAGCAGUCGUUUGUUCUCUCAUCCAUUUAACUAAGUUCCAAUUCCUCCAAUCUUCAACACCCCUCACACGUCUCUCAGUUCAACGUCUUGUACCCACUGUCCAUAGACAGUCAAUUCGCUUCGCAAGCAGUUUCCAGGACGAAAAGCAGGAAAUGGAUGCAAAGGAAGCAAGAGGCGAGGCGCCUGAGAAGCCUGUCGAGGAUUGGCAGAAGCGUGCACCUUACAAGAUUCACGAGUCCAACGAGAACUUCAAGGCCAGAUAUGAAGCAAGCUGUCACUGCGGCAGGGUCAAGUACCAACUGAGCAGAGAAGAGCCUCUUGAUUCCAAGUUGUGCCAUUGCACAACUUGCCAGACCCAGCAUGCUGCGCCUUUCCAGUGGGCUGCCAUCUUCCACAAGGACGACAUCAACUUCAGUAACGGACAUCACGAUCUCGAGUGGUACGACCCCAGUUCAAAGUCAAUCGAACACAAGCUUCCCUGCAAGGUUCGCUGCUCUUUCUGCCACAGUCCCAUCAUGGACGAGGGUAGAAACAUGAUCCUGCUCUUCCCCAGCUUGGUUCACCUGAAGAACGACGAGGACAAGGCCAACUUCAAGCCCAGAUGCCACAUGUUCUACAGCCAGCGUGUCAUGGACAUCCCUGACGGUCUCCCCAAGUGGUCGGGCCUCAACGACAGCAGUGAGCUCAUCGAGGACAGCCCCCCAGAGCUCGUUCGUGAGCACGAGAGAAAGCGUGAGCAAGAGAGAAAGGAGAAGCACGAGAAGGAAGAGAAGGGAGAGAAGGACGAGAAGAAAUAAGCAGACGUCACACGACAUAGCGACUGCUGCUCUCACAGCUCCAUGAUGUAACGAAAAAGCAAACAGUACACGAUACUGCUAUGUGUUGGAUGAAAGGACAGUACCACCUCAACAGUUGGGAGGAAACACGAUCUUGGUUCUUCUAGAGAUGAAGACAUUGGAAUGAACGCAAAUGAAUCA